AUGCAGCUCUCGACGCACCCAAACGGGGCUCCUCAUUCACGUCUACCAGACGACACAGUUAAUAAAUCAGGGCGCAUACAGUGACGCCUAUAUUAAAUAAAACAAGUCACUGAAGCCGCAUCGAGCCUGGCCUUCGGGACCCCUCUUUCUGUGUCGUCCCCCACACAUAUGCAGGACAGUCAAGAUGCCGAUGAACAAGAUGAAACCCGAGCACAAGACUUACUUUAUCCUCCGUAGUACAGACUACAAGCCCGAUGGCCUCAUCCAACUCGGCCAGCUCAUCGAGGACCCUUACACGCCCUACCGCCGCCUAGCGCCUCCCGUCAGGCCCCUCCCUGCAGAUGCCAUUCAUCUCUCUUUCAGGAACGACUGGACCCUGGACAAAUCCAAGGGAGCGGUCGGCGAACUCGGCGUCUUUGCGCAGUUCCUGGCCGUGAUCACCGCAGAGGCCUCGACCCACGCGUCCAACGAAUUCACGCAGUCGUGGAGCGCGGCCCAGCUCGAGACGGCAUUCCUCGAACUGGGAACGGACAAGGAAUCCGACUACGUCACUUCCAGCGUGCAGAAGGCGGCGGUGCAAAAGUGUCUCACGCGCGAGGGGUUCUUCAAGAAGAUGGUCCUCAGCAAGAAGGUCUUGUACAUGGUCACGGGUGUCAAGAUUGCGAGGAGGCCCGGCCAAGUCUCGUAUGGGGUGAGCAAGACGACUGGCGGUGCCGCGAAGCUGGGCGCAGACCCGGGGACCGGGGGGAUGGUCACGGCCGGCGUGCAGGGCGGGCUGGACCAGUCCAGCAGUAUCGUCGAGAGCAGCACGCCGGAUGACGAUUUCGUGUUCGCUUACAGACUCCGCAAGGUCCACGUCAAUUUCAGCAGCAACAAGUCCCUGCUGGGGAACGAUGUUUCCGGGGCCGAGUUGCACGGGCACGGUGCUGGGGGGGGCGGUAGUGAUACGAGCUCUGAGGAAGAGAGCGAUGAAGAGGUCCCGGAAGAGGUCAUUGUUGAUGUUGAUGAGCUCGACAAGGUCUUAGUUGAGAAGGAGGACUUUGGAGACUCUCUCCCUGCCCGAAACGAGAAGAUCGACAGUCUUGACGAAGUCGACGGUGGCGAGUGCUUAGUUAUAGUUGCAGAAUAGUAUCGCCAAAAGAAAGAGCUCUCUAGUAUCUGUACCCUUAGGCGAAGCCUCUGGUGCAGCUUUCCAAACUUGGAAUUGGUUAAACAACACUGUGCAGUCA